AUGGAGUCUCUGGGUAAGUCAGAUUGGCCGUUACCUGCAUCAAGAGAUGACAGUCACGGAGGAGUGUUAGGGGAUUCUGUUUCAUAUGAAGCCAAUAUAAUGCGACGGGGCCGGUUGAAUGCCGACACCCAAGACACUGAGAAGAAAGCCUCUGCAGAGCACACCAGCUCCCUUGAUUCCAAUAAAGAUUGGUGGAUUAUAUCAGAAUCGAGUAACAGACCAACAGGAAAUUUUCCCAGGCCAGAUGUGCCAACAGAAGUAGCCCUAUCGGAGCAAACAAAACCAGUGAAUCGGAUGUCUUUGAGCUCGAUGAUUAAUGCCGAUGAAUGUAAUACUACUCGCACUCGAUCACCAUCUCAUAUUCAGUCAUCCAAUAUAAUUACCGGAGGAGAACUUCACAAGGGUACGCCUGGCUGCAUGGAACAUGAUACUUCAAACAACAGCAAUGCUUUGCAGGAGUCCGAGGCCUCAAAGAAACUUGUUUCGCUGAGAUCAAGCGAGCAGAACUCUGACCAGAAAGAGUCAACAAAGAGCGCCAGAAAUAAAUCAUCAAGGUCGAAAGUGGCAGAUCCUGCAAAAGGUACUGACAAACAAUCGAAGAAAAAACUGAAUACGUCGAAACUUGAGUCCCCGAAUGUACCAGUCAACCUUACUGUUCAAUCGAAGCCUUCUUCUAAAAACGAUGAUAGAAAACAUUUACAAAAAUCAAUGUCCUCCUUACCCGCACCUUCUGUGUUGGAACUCAACGAGAGCCAAAUCAAUCGGCUCGAUGAGAAUACGAAAGAACCGAUAAUUGCCUUACAUAUCCCACUGGUGCCCCCCGGGAAGCAGCCUGGUGAAUCGCAGGCGAUAUUCAAUGUGAUGAGACUCUGUGAAGACAAAUAUGGAUUUGACGUCAUGCAUCCCAACGGACGGAUAUCCUUUGAAAAUAUGGAAAUUGACGAAGACAUCGCUGAAGAUGAAGUUCAAGAACAAAACGAAGAAGACACUGCAGAAGGAGAUGAAGAGGAUGACACUCUAAGGAAGCUGGGAAUGAAAUUUAGAGCGGGAAUGACCGACGAAGAAAAGGAAGAAAUGAUCCUGAAAGAAAUCCAUAGACGAAAAAUGGAGAGCAAUAAAAGGAUUGGAAAAUACGACCUUCUAGAUCCUUUUAUUGAUGAUGAAGAGCUCCUGUUUGAAGAACAGACGAAAAACAACAAGGAUGGAUUUUAUGUUUACUAUGGUCCCAUUUCUGAUGAUAAUAAAUCAACCGCGGUGAAAAGAAAACCGACAGGAUCAACAAAUGCAUCAAGCAACAAGAAGAAGAAAUUAAAUACUCCAAGCAUGAAAAAAGCCGAAUCUAAUUCAUCCCUAAUCACUAUCGCUCCAAAACCAUCCGUUGCAAAAAGCCAAACCUCACCUGGCCCGAACAAGGACAAAAUCUCUAUAUCGGGAUCCGAAUCUCCUCUUUUAAAAGCCGCACCGGAUCAUCAAGUUUCAAAUGAGGCAACUAGCACUAGUGACUCAGGGGAAGAGCAGCUCAAAGCUAGCUUGACAAGAUCCGAAAUAAACCCGCAAAAAAAUAAUAUAAUUGUGGGUUCGCUUCCACCCUUAUGA